AUGGCAAACAAACCCACUUCUAAUUCAAGAUUCACUGAUCUCCACGAAGAACCCUAUAAGCUCCUACUACCCAUUGAAGGUUAUCAACAUAUGGAACUAAUGUCACUCGAAGAUGCGGUUCGAUCACUUCAACCCAUAGUUGACAAUUUAACAAGAAAUGUCUGGAUUGCAAAAGAUAAUUGUAAAUCACCGCUUGAUUCUUUAACAGUUGAUCAAUUAGCAUCUAUCCAUUUAUACACCAUGGAGUGGAAACCGAGCAGUAACAGUCUCUAUUCCAUUCUCAAUCGGACACUACGGAACGAGGAUCGCAACAGUUUGAUUCCAUGGUUUCCUUACCUCAAACUAUUACUGACAGCUCUUCACAACAUACCGUCUGUCCAGGGAGUUGUAUGGCGAGGAAUCAAAGCUGAUUUGAGCAUGAAGUUCAAUACAGGUGACCCAUUUGUGUGGUGGGGUGUUAGUUUAUGCACAGAAUCGCUGGAUGUACUGAACAAAGAGCAAUUUCUUGGCAAAACAGGUACAAGAACAUUCUUCAGUAUUAAAUGCCACAAUGGAAAGAAGAUUAACUCACAUUCACACUAUAAACACAACGCCGAAAUUCUUCUGAUGCCGAGAACAUACUUUGAAGUGAAAGAUAAAGUAGACAGUGGGUCGAACUUCCACAUUAUUCAUGUUGAAGAAACAACUCCGCCGUAUAUCCUUUGUGAAUCCCCAUUCCAGGAACUACAAUGUAAAAAUAAAAGACUACCAGCAGAACUGCAAGCACUUGAUUUUAUUCCUAAACUGAAGCUGCAGAAUCUCGGAAUUAACAAAGAAGACGCGCAAGUAUUGGCAGAGGUAUUAAAAGUGAAUAAAACUCUCACCACUCUUGAUCUCCGUGGGAACAAAAUAUCUGAGGGAGGAGUUGAAGCACUGACAGAGGCAUUGAAAGUGAACAGAACUCUCAUCCUUCUUAAGCUUAGCCGUAACAACAUAUCUGUUCGAGGAGUUGAAGCACUGGCAUAG